CUUCUUUCACUCAUCAUCUUUCCUCUCUUUCUUUUCCUGUCUUUCUUUUCAUCCUCAUCACCAUUAUCAUCAGCAAAACCCAGAAAAACGGAUUCAAUAAUUUCUUUUGUUUUUAUUUCUUUUCUCGCCUGUCUCCUCUCUUUUUUGUCUUCAUCUCAUGGUUAGUCUGACUGAAGCCCUUGGACUUGAAUUUUUUGGAUUCACGAUUAACCAAGAUGUACUCUUUGUCAUUUUGCUCAUUUAAUUUAACUUGUCCACUUAACUUAUCAUGGUUAUAAAUAAUUUACAACUCACCCUUUCCAUUGAGAGCAACAAUUUACUCUGAAACAACUAUUGCUGAAACCAAAACGUCUACAAUUUCACCAACACCAGUAACAACAACAUUUAACCAUUGAAUCAUCAUUUGCAACUCAUUUUCACUCUGGUUGAAUCUUCAUUUGGUAACAUUUUAACUGACUUCAUCAACAAUAUCAUCAAAUAUCACAUAAACAUCGUUUACAAUUUAAACUUUCCUUCUCAAUCCUCAAUUUCAAGCUGUUAUCUCUUGCUACUCACUUUACCGACACUUUUUGUUUCAACCUUUUCUCAGUAUUUUUUUUCACCCACUUCAUCUGUCUAUCAUCUUUAUUAAAACCUAUUAGGUUAAUCAUGUUCCUCUCAACUCAACUUUUCAUCUCAAUUGUUGUCUUCAUUUUAACUUUCUCGUUUAUAUCAGCAUCUUCCACUGACAAUGAUGUUACCACAAAUGAAUCUUAUGCUGCUAUAGCCAACAAAAAUGUCGAUGACGUUUUCCGUCAAAUGGUCUACAAACUACCUGGGAUACCACUUGGUCGACUUCCAGGUCAAUCAAAUAUGCGAGAAGAAGUUCAAAAGUUUCGUGAAUUUUUGAAAACUCGUCCCAAUCCAAAUGAUUGGGUAACACUUAAACCCACUCUGCCAAGUUUGUCUCAAUGCUUCAUUGAAGUUCAAGAGACCAGAAAAGUCCCCGGCAGAUGUAUUAAACUUGGUGGACGGAUUCCAGCUUGUCAGGCAACAUCAUCGGACCUCAUCGAUAUUGACUAUAACAGUUGUUAAUAAACAGUUUGUGCAUCAACAUUUGUCAUCUAAUUUUAUUAUUUGAUUGCUAAUUUGAUUUUUGUUUUUUUGGCUAAACUUCUUUCUUUUUGCUUGUUUGUUUGUUUACCGAGGCAACUAUAUACUUUUGUAGUAAAUUGGUUAAUAAUGUUUAAUCGAAUCAUUAGGUUUUAUUAUCAACUAAACAUCAAUUCAUUUAUUUUUAUCCUCUUGCUCUUUGUCAUCUGAGAGCUUCAUUUCAUUGAAUAUCAUUGUAAUUUUGAAAAAUAAAAUUCAAUAAUUU